AUGAGACAAAAUGUAACUUAUAUUGUUGGAGACCUAUCAAGUAGUGACAACUAUUUCACCCAACGAGUUGACGCACCAAAUAAGGAAGGUAUUUCUCCAUUAGCAAAAUGCACUACUGUCAUGCGAAUGUUAGCGUAUGGUGUUGCUGCCGAUGCGAUUGACGAAUAUAUCAAAAUAGGAGGUACUACCGCAUUGGAGUGCUUGCGUCGUUUCUAUAAAGGAAUCAUACGGUUGUAUGAGCAAGAGUAUCUCAGAGCUCCAACUCAAGAUGACUUGCAAAAAAAUUUGCAUGUCAGUGAGAUGAGGGGGUUUCCAGGGAUGAUCGGGAGUAUUGAUUGCAUGCAUUGGGAAUGGAAAAAUUGUCCAACAGCAUGGGAGGGAACAUUAAACGAUAUAAAUGUUCUAGAUCGUUUGCCGGUGUUUGAUGAUGUUGAACAAGGUAAUACUCCAAGAGUGAAAUUUUUUGUAAACCAACGUCCAUAUGACAUGGCAUACUAUCUAGCUGAUGGUAUCUAUCCUUCUUAUCCAACUUUCGUCAAAUCAAUCCGACUUCCUCAAAGUGAAUCAGACAACUUAUUUGCAAAAUAUCAAGAAGGGUAUCGGAAGGACAUCGAGCGCGCAUUUGGAGUAUUACAGGCUCGGUUUAAAAUCAUUCGUGAACCAGCUCGCAUGUGGGAGAUAUCGAAUCUUGCUAUCAUCAUGCGGUCAUGUAUCAUAUUGCAUAAUAAGAUUGUUAAGGAUGAACGAGAUACAUUUACUCAGAAUUGGACCGAUUAUGAUCAAUCCGAAGGAAGUGGUUCGAGUACACCACAACCAUUUUCUACUGAGGUGCUACCAGCAUUUGCAAAUCAUGUGUGUACUAGAUCUGAAUUACGUGAUUCAAAUAUACAUCAUGAAUUGCAAUCAGAUCUAGUCAAACACAUAUGGGCAAAAUUUGGAAAGUUUCAUGGUUAA